AUGCCGACGCCGACGCCGAGGCUGCAGCGAGACGCGUCCAAGAGUAACACCUCGGCACCGCUCCCAACGGCCACGCUAUACUCUGCGCUACGCUGCGCUACGCUGCGCUGCACUGCGCUCCACUACGCUCCACUACGCUCCACUACGCAAAAGCAACACCACACUACGCUAGCUCUAUCUCGCCGCCUCUGUUUCUGUUGCUGCAUCACCUCGCCUAGAUCCUGGGUGCGCUCCACUCGCAACCGCUGUUCCACUUCCACUUCCUCUUCCAUUCCUGCAUCCCCCCCUUCCCCCACCCGAAUCUGCUGUGCUUCCCUCUCGCCCGCCCGCGAGCUCGCUACAGUACGCCAAGGUACCUUACCGCCAAAUACGGCCCUCUUCCACCACCACCCAGAUCCUGUCACUCUCGCAUCAAACCGCCCAGCCAUUGCGCUUUCUCCCUUCGUCCUCGUGUCAGCAGCGCUCGGGGCCCAGCCCUGCAUCCGACUCGAAUCGAUCCUCCUCCUCGUGCUUUACUCCUCGUGCUCGGGCUUGUGCCCGUGCUCGUCGCCGUCCUUCUCGUCGGGCUUCUCUGCUUUUGUCUCAGUCGCUGCUGCUGCUGCCGCUGCCCCGUCGUCGUCGUCGUGCCCGCUGGCUGUUUGCCCGCUGCACAUCCUCUUGGUGCCUUACCGCCAAUCUUCGCACUCCGCCUCCGGAAUUCGCUCAUCUCGCUCGACCCCGGCAACCUCCUCCUCCUCCUUCUUUUCCGACUCAUCAACAUCCGUCACCCAACGCUCCCUCGCCUCGACCCGCUGCAUCUUCACCCCGCUUCCAUACCUCACUCCUCUACACGCUCGCUCGCUUCAUCUACAAUCUGCGAUCCUUGAUCUCGGACAAGACGCCGUCGAGGCGGAAGCACUGCAAAACUUCCACUCGUGUGCCUUCGCCCUUGCCUUUCCCAACUGGCUCCGUCGCCGCCCCCUCUAUCUCUCCCUCCCUCCUGCGCACUGCACCACCAUCGCGCGAGCCAUGCAACAUUCGGGUCACGAUCCAUACAAAGACAAUGUCAGCUCCUUUCACCGCGACGCCAACCGCGACCGCCAACACACCAUGAGAGACCCUCAUCCCGCCGACGCUGCUGCUUUCGACCGCCGCAGACCUCCUCACAUKCAGCCUUCGGGCCUAGCUCACAACCACCCGGACUACGAUGCUUCACACUACCCUCCCAGCCUCCCUCCACGCCAACGUACCGCUCAAGACGGCUCGCCUGUCGCCAUGAACGCACAUGCGCACAGUCAGCACCAGCACCACCCGCCAACGAGCCGCUACGCCUCCGAGCAUCCCUCGUCAUCGGCGCUUCCCCCCACACAAGACCAUCCCUAUCGCUCCUACGACCCGCGCGACCCAGAUCCACGCCGGCAUCAGCAGCACCCGGACGACCGCUCCACCCGAUACGCAUCGCACUCCUCGCACUACGACAGCUACGACCAGCGCCACAACUCAGCCCACGAUGCCCAAGCUCACCAAGCGUCCUACCGCCACUCCCCGAGACUUCACUACUCGCAUCUCUACCCUUCCCAGCCCCACCCUCAACACGGUUAUCGCUCCGAAGAACCGCCGCCUUCCGGCGCACACUCCCGCCAUGGAUUGCCCUCACCACGCCAUCUCCACCGUGCCGAGCCGCGCUAUUCUCCCCCAAGCGACACCGCCGCACGAGACGCGCCCUCGCACCUCCACAGGUACCCGCCCGCCACUCAUCAGUAUGCUCGCCGUCGCUCUGACACGGCCUCUCUCGACGCGCACACGCCUCUGGAUCCACACAACGGCGCAGCUCCCAGCUCUUCUCGCGCUGCCAUCUCCUCUUCCUCCUCCUCGUCCAACCAUGGCGCUGCGACAUCGUCUGCAACCGCGUCGGGUGCCGGCGCGCCGGUUGGCUCCACCUCCGCCGCGAGGAAGCGCAAGAAGCAGUUCAAGUACAUGCUCGAGCACAACGUUUCAGAGCCAUCCAAAGCUUCCGCCGCUGCCGGUCCCGACGACGACCACGAGCGCGAUGGUGCCGAUCCUGCCGAUGCCACCGAGGGCGCUCCCGGUCCGGCGCAACCGCACAAGGAGAGCCGCAAAAAGGUCAAGAAGGCCUGCGUGUUUUGCAAGCGCAGCCACAUGCCCUGCGAAGAGGCUCGUCCGUGCAAGCGAUGCGUCAAGCGUGGCAUCUCGCAUCUCUGUCGCGACGCCGAGCCCGCCAGCGCUGCAGGUGCAGCCACCACCUCGGGCACCACCUCGUCGUCGUCUGCCUCGAGCCACAUCGCCGCCUCGACGCCCACCAAGCGCAGGUUCGGCGAGGCGCGCAACCACGCGCUCAGCCGCCGCAACAAGGCUGUGGCAGAGACCGAGUCCGACUCGGACGCCGAGAGCAUCACCUCGUCCGCCGCGUCCUCGCUGCGUCCGCGCACGGGCAGCGAUUGGCGCACGAGUCAGCCGUUCGACAUGAUGGGCGUCAUGCCCGGAGCCACCGCACGCGAUCCGGACAUUCGCCCCUCCAUGUCCAUCUCGGGCCUGCUCAGUCCCGCCAAGAUGGAGCUGCAGCGCCGCCCUGCCAAGCAUGAGCCCGUCUCGGCAAAGGAGCAGGAGGAUGCAUGGAAUCGCUCCAUGGACGCGCGCAUGCAGUCCAAGAUGAAGCACAUGCUCGAGGCCGGCCCUGCCGCGGCGGACCUGAGCGACAUCUUUGGCGAGAUGCCAACAUCGCUGCUCAUGACGCCUGCCAUGGCCAACCUGCCCAAGGCGCAAUCGCUGCUGCGACCCAGCUCGGCCGAGCUACCCGCGAGUCCGCGCAGCGCCGAGGUGGGCAGGUUGAAGCGAUCCCAGUCUAUGACGGCCAGUAGCACGCAGGAGCACGAAUGCGAAGUGGACGAGGCUGGGUUCAAGCUGCCACUACGUCCGAGGCAUUUGCUGCAGGAAGAGAUGGCCACGACUUCGGCGCUGCGAGGAGGCAAACCGAGCUACUCGUACACGUUUGGUUAUGCCAAGCUUGCGCGCUGGAUGCACACGCGCUACUCACGCGAGAGCUGUGAACAAGUCGAUCGGUCCCUGGCAGUGAUUCGACCGAAGCUCAUGGCACUCUCACGCAGCUUACCCGAGGAAGAGCUGAUAGGAGUCGAGGAUAACUUCUACCAGCUUCUUGCGUGGUAUCAAGCCAACGUUCUUGAAGCCAUUCCGAUCCCCAUGAUUGUCACCCGUCGAACGGGUGAGAUCUACGCGGCCAACUCGCAUGCAUGCAAACUGAUGCAACUGCCCGAGACGAUAUUCGAGGGCGGCCAGAUCUGUCACUACCAGCUCGUGACCGAACCGGACUGCGUGAAUAUGUGGGGCAAGUACGCCCAAGAAGCCACACGCACCCUCCCCACCCCCCCAACGCAGAAUGUGACCCUCGAGGUCGAUCGCAGCUUGUUGCUGUUCAAUCGGCCCGCAUUCGAUCCUCGCACCGGCGAAAUGCUCGGCGACGGAACCUGCCCCGACGGCUCAGUCGCUGUGCUGAGGAGAAGGGUCGUGGUGACGUUCGAGGCAAAGGUCAGCAAACACGGCCUGCCCUUCCUCGUGACCGGCUUCAUCAUCCCCAUCCCCGAAGAUUAA